CUUUCACACGAUAUCUUCUCUGCGUCUCACAGUAGCCUGUCUCUCCCUCUCUCUCUCUCUCCCCCUCCCCGAGGCCACUCAUCUCUCUACUCGCCGUUGAACCUUGCAAGGCCGUCCGUUGUCCACAAGCCACCAGAUAGAAGAUGAAGUACAUGAAGCCAAUGAACUUAUUCCAUGAUUUGCUCAAGUCCAACACCCUGCAACCACGAGGACGAUUACUUGGAUUGGAUGUCGGUCAUAAGUAUGUUGGCUUAGCUGUUUCGGAUCCUCAAAAUCACAUUGUUUCGCCUCUAAGUGUUCUGCUUCGGAAGAAAACAAAUAUCGACAUGAUGGUCAGUGAUUUUCAAAGUUUGAUCUCUGAACUUUCUUUGGUGGGCUUCAUUUUUGGGUACCCUUUUGAUAGACAAAGAAGCAGUCCAGAUGCUGUUCAAGUGAAACUAUUCGUUGAUGAUCUUUGUAAGACGGGAAAGCUUGAAGGCUUAAGUUACACUUUUUGGGACGAGUGCUUCACAUCAAAGAAUGUGGAAUUAUUAUUGAAGCCUUUGAAUUUGCGCCCAGUACAGUCAAAGACGAUAAUAGACAAAUUUGCUGCUGUUGGGAUACUCCAGGGCUACCUGGAUUUUGUGAACAGGAGUCAAAAGUUCAAAUCGGCAGCGUAGGACCUCCACGCAGUUGAAGUAACUGGUUCCUAUUAUUUGUUGCUCUAAUGACUGUUAUGUAUUCUUGUACCAGAGCUUCCAUGGUCCAUCUUUGGUGAUAUUAUCUCUAGAGCCACUUAGCAGAUAUGGCAUUGUACAAGAACUACGAGGUUCCAUAUCCUCAAAUAAUAGUAUACCAUAGUCUUUGGGUUUAUGGUGUGGGUCAUUUCAAGCUGCUACUGGUAGGGGUGGUAAAUGAUUCGAGCUACUCGAGUUUGACUUGAAUUCGGCUUGUUUUGUACUUGAACAAUUUCUUAAGCUUGUUUCGACUCUUUUUGGACUUGAGCUUGCAAAGUUUGGUUUGUUAUGUAUAAGAGCAACUUCAAAAUGGUU